AUGAGGAGCCAUCUUCCCCUGACGCUCCGGCUCCUCCUGUCCCCUGCAGACGUGGUGACCCUGGAUACAAAGACGGCUCAUCCCGCUCUUGUCGUGUCGGAGGAUUUGAGAAGUGUGAGACGGGAACGUGAAGAGCAGGACAUGACCGACACCCCGGAGAGAUUUACAGUUCACUGCUGCGUGCUGGGCCGGGAGGGGUUCCGGGAGGGGAGACAUUGCUGGGAGGUGGAGGUGGAGGCGGGCAGUUGGUCACGUUGGGCCUUUGGUGUGGCCAGGGAGUCUGUAGAGAGGAAGAGGUAUGUGGACCUGAGCCCUGGAGAAGGGAUCUGGGCGGUUGAGAAUUGGUAUCAGCAGUUCAGGUCUCUCACUUCUCCUCCCACUGUCCUGUCCCUGUCCUCGCUGCCCAGGAGGAUCUGGGUCUGUCUGGACUGCACACGGGGGCUGGUGACCUUCAUCAAUGCCGACAACGGGCUCCACAUCUUCACUUUCCCACCCGCUGCGUUCAACGGCGAAACCCUCUGCCCGUGGUUUUGUGUGGGGACAGAGAAAACCCAUCUGCACCUAAGGGGCGGCACCUCUUCCACUCUCUCCUCCUCUUCCACCCCCUUCUCACCCUCCAGCAGAUCCUGCCCUUCUCCAGCCACCCCCUGCUCUCCUCUCCUGCCUCCCACCGCAGCGGAUGUCCCUCUCUGCCCUGCCCAAGACCGGGAAGCAGAGGGGGAGUGA